GUUGUUACAGAAGAUGUUUAAUCACGUGACCGCACCAACAUCGAACAAGAAAAUGGCCCCAUACCAAGGUUGAUGGGGGUAGUUGUCAGGAUUUCUCUUUGUUACGGCGUGGGAAGCUUCUUCCGCCCUGUUUUAUAACACACCAUGUCCAGUGCAACUGCAAGGUCGUCCAGACAAACAGUGCGAAGAACUCGGAAAAAGGGCAUAAAGCGUGGUGUGCUAACCCCAAGAAGUUUCGGUGAAGAUCUCAAUGCAGAAGAAAGCCAUGGAGUACCUGAGCCUGGAUCUCAAGAAUGUGCUGCCGUGGAACAGACCCUUGUAAAUGUUGCUUUGGGUUUGGGGGGAGCAAUGACCCCCCACCAGCCUCCGUAUGACCUCCGUCGCAAGUUCCAUGAUGGCGGCCCUCCAUCCUUACCCCGGAAACGGCAGCGACGCACACCUUCCUCAUCUCAGGGCUCUUCUAGUGAAGCAGAGGGCAGCGGUGCCGCCCAUUACCUCCUGUAUGAGGUACCUGAUGAGGUGCUGCUUACAAUCUUUUCCUACCUUGUGGAGCAAGACCUGUGCCGUGUGGCUCAAGUCUGCCGUCGCUUCCACACAAUCUCCAAUGACACAGAGUUGUGGAAAACAUUGUACCAGAGUGUAUAUGAGUACGACCUUCCCCUCUUCCACCCUUCGCCAUGCAAGUUUGAGUUCGUUUCUCCUGAAGAGUCAGAUUGCUCAAACCCUUGGAAAGAGAGCUUCCGUCAACUCUACAGGGGAAUCCAUGUGCGACCACAUUUUCAGGCUCAAUACGAGGGUCAACCCCAGAGAUACCGGGGGCGGAGCAUCAUGUACUUUGACACGAUUGAGACCGCUUUUACGCACUCUGAAGAGCUGGAGAAUCCUCUGAUCUUUAUUCAUGCUGGCACCUACAAAGGCGAGUUCCUCAUAGUCGACACCAGCGUGGCUCUCAUAGGAGCAGCACCAGGCAACGUGGCCGAGCAUGUCAUUCUGGAGAGAGACACGGAAUCCACCAUCACAUUCGUGGAAGGAGCCAGGAGUGCCUACUUGGGUUACGUCACGCUCAAGUUCACACCAGACAUAACGUCGUCCGUGCCCCACCACAAGCAUUACUGCCUAGAAAUCAACGAGAACUGCUCCCCUACGGUUGAUCACUGUAUCAUCCGCAGCACCUCGGUGGUGGGUGCUGCCGUCUGUGUCAGUGGCAGUGGGGCGGAGCCAACUGUGCGCAGCUGUGACAUCAGCGACUGCGAGAAUGUUGGUCUUUACAUAACAGACUAUGCCCAGGGAAUUUAUGAGGAAAAUGAAAUCAGUCGCAACGCUCUUGCGGGAGUUUGGGUUAAGAACCACGCAAACCCAGUAAUGCGUAGGAAUCACAUUCAUCAUGGCAGAGAUGUGGGAGUGUUCACGUUUGAUAACGGUUUGGGACACUUUGAUGCUAAUGACAUCCACAACAACCGUAUCGCGGGCUUCGAGGUAAAAGCUGGUGCCAACCCUACUGUGGUGCGCUGUGAAAUCCACCAUGGCCAGACAGGAGGCAUCUAUGUGCACGAAAACGGCCGUGGACAGUUCAUCGAGAACAAGAUUCACUCCAACAAUUUUGCCGGCGUAUGGAUCACUUCACACUCCAAUCCUACCAUAAGGCGUAACGACAUAUACAAUGGUCACCAAGGUGGUGUGUACAUCUUUGGUGAAGGGAGGGGCCUGAUAGAGCACAACAACAUUCACGGCAACGCGCUGGCGGGCAUCCAGAUCCGCACCAACAGUGACCCAAUUGUGCGCUACAACAAGAUCCACCAUGGACAACACGGGGGUAUCUACGUGCACGAGAAAGGUCAGGGGUUGAUAGAAGAGAAUGAGGUGUAUGCCAACACGUUGGCCGGAGUGUGGAUCACGACGGGGAGCACCCCGGUGUUGCGGCGGAACCGCAUUCACAGCGGGAAACAGGUUGGGGUGUACUUCUACGACAACGGCCAUGGCAGGCUGGAGGAGAAUGACAUCUUCAACCACCUCUACUCAGGAGUUCAGAUCAGGACGGGAAGCAAUCCAAUUAUUCGGCGGAAUAAAAUCUGGGGCGGCCAAAAUGGUGGAGUGCUGGUGUACAAUGGUGGCCUGGGAGUGCUGGAGCAGAAUGAGAUAUUCGACAAUGCCAUGGCAGGGGUGUGGAUCAAGACCGAUAGUAACCCAACGUUGCGUCGCAACAAGAUCUACGACGGCAGAGACGGUGGCGUCUGCAUCUUCAACGGCGGCAAAGGGGUGUUGGAAGAGAAUGACAUCUUCCGGAAUGCCCAGGCUGGAGUGUUGAUCUCCACGCAGAGUCACCCUGUGCUACGCCGCAAUCGCAUCUUUGAUGGAUUGGCUGCGGGAGUGGAGAUAACCAACAAUGCCACAGCCACCUUAGAGUUCAACCAAAUCUUCAACAACCGAUUUGGGGGUCUCUGUCUUGCAAGUGGUGUGCAGCCCAUCCUUAAAGGAAACAAAAUAUUUGACAACCAUAAUGCGGUGGAGAAGGCUGUCAACAGUGGCCAAUGUCUGUAUAAAAUAUCCAGCUACACAAGCUUUCCCAUGCACGACUUCUACAGGUGUAAAACAUGUAACACAACAGAUCGUAAUGCAAUAUGUGUCAACUGUAUCAAAACGUGUCAUUCUGGCCACGAUGUGGAGUUCAUACGUCACGACAGGUUUUUCUGUGAUUGUGGAGCGGGCACACUGAGUAAUCAGUGCCAACUCCAAGGAGAGCCCACGCAGGACACAGACACCCUCUAUGAUUCUGCUGCACCUAUGGAAUCCCACACGCUCAUGGUGAACUAGUGCGGGACAAGACUAUGAAGUAAUUUUUUUUUUUUUUUUUCGCUGGCUGAAACAUCGAGUAGUGGUCAUGUGCCAACCGUCGCAACAUCUGCCUUGACAAACGGCGGAGAAGAUGCGCUUGUCCUGGCCGCCCCCCCCCCCGUGGCCACUCCCCCUUCACUCUCAAGAUGGCCAGCCCUGUACAGAUUGCACUCUUUACAAAAAUAUCUUAAGGAGUGAACAUCGUCGUCCACCUCGGAGUGGGAAAAAAAGUGACGUGCGUGCGGUGUGGUCCUCUAGAUUUUCUUACAGAGAGAAUUGUUCACCAUUCCGCAGAGUGUGUCCCAAGUAGGGAUCGCAGAGUGGAUUAACAAAGUGCAGUGCAACAACAGGCAUGACAUUAGCGGCGCUUCUUCCCCCCCACCCCGUGUGCUGUUUUGUCCCACUUUGGUUCUUGGACCUGCAUCAUACCCCUGUGAUCACCCGCGACCUCACUCCCACACCUACCUACCUGUGCAAUGCAACUCCACUGGACACCCGUCAAGAAAGUUGCACGAGUCGAGAGCAACCACAGAGACACACGAGGCACAGACAAAUCGCUUGCAUGUAUCGCAGUGCGGUGGCACACCCUGCACGGUGCAGUUUUACGUACCACUGUAAGUCUACUGUGUGAGCAGCUCUUCGUACUGUUCUCCUCAUCACGACACACUUACCUUAAUCAAAUCACGAGGUGUAGAAGGAACAAUGAAUCUGGUGACCAGAUUUGCCUUUUCCUGGAAAACAAAGAAGAAGAAAAAAAAAACAAGAAAAAAAAGUGCCAAAAUAUCUAACACUUCUAUUCUGUCGUCGAUGCUCUGUCUGUCCGCAGCUAUUCUGAUUGUUUUUGUUUUUUGCUGAUUGCACGGAUGAAGAAGGCAUGCACUUUUUACACACAUCAUUAUCACUCCAGCAUCGAGGCUGAAAGUACGACGCACGAGCGGGUGCUGUGCCAGUCCUUGUCUUCUCUAAUCCGGAUUUUUAUGGUUUCCUGCAGCAUCUCUGGAAAAGUUCACCACAGUCAUCACAAGUUAUGUACCUUACUGCAACUUACUAGUCUAUAGCAAACUUUUCUUUUUUUUUCACGUUUCAUAUCUGAUGGACCUCUCAUUUAUUUAUUUAGACACUUAGCAAUACUCUCAGAAUUUGUUGAGUGCUUUCAGCAACGCUUCAUUAACGGAAAUGGCAAUGCAUCCAAUGCCUUUGGCCAUGGAGUUUUGUUUUUGGCAAUUAAACGAAAGGGCAACGCUACAUUAUCAUUGCAGAUUGUUUCAUUGCACCACCUGUUACUUCAACGUUCCUUUCAUUGUGAGUUUGCCACCUCAACGGACUCCGAACAAAGCUUUUGAUUACCAAUUGUAUGCCAAGUGACUGGUGUGCAGUACCCUCGCUAAGUGUUCAGGAUUGGGAGUAAAUUUGACGUCUGCAAGAUGUGCAACCGGCUACUUUUGAGUAUGGAAUGUCAUAAAAUGACUAAACCUUUGAACGUUUUAAAUACGUUGAGCGUUGAGUCGUGUAUAUCCAGGGACUGUCGGCUAAGAAUUUGCCACGCUGGACUCUUGCUGGUAUUCAUGCUGCUGACAUGAUAAUGAAAGUGAUGUUUUUUUUUUCACUUCAUGACAUUACAGCACCGAUGCAAGCAGGCUUUCCCUCAAAAGGUCUGGGAAUUGCUCAAAUGUACAUACAUCUCCACGCCACUUUGACUCGCAGAAUAACCGACUAAAUAAGUGCAAUGUAAUAGUGAACUCACACGGUAAGCUGCCACACUUUAAAAAAACACGGUAAGGGUUUUAUACCUGAAACAUGUUGCUUCCAUCUAACAAAAAAGACACUUAAGCCUAGCUGUGGCCAUGCAGCGAAAACAACAACAAUGCAUGCAUGCACACGCAUUCUAACCUUCGGAGCCGCUGGAGUCCCCCGUGAGAUUUGUGAGGAAGCUGUUGGUGCAAGGGAUACCUGUUCUAUGCAACCAGGCCUGUGGUCACAUGCAGCUGCUGCCCACCCCUCCUGGAGUUGCACGCCCUUGCUUUCAUCAUUGUGCCCUCCCCCCCCAUCUUAUUUUGUAACCAUGUUAUAUAUUAUGUAUUUAGUACUGAAGUGGAAUGUGUGGAACCAUUUCUGUGAAGCUGCGAGUGUUAGCUGCAUUACGGCAAUUCGUACAGGUAAUAAAAAGUACACAACACUGCA